AUGGCUCCGCUCCCGUCGAGUCCGGGCUACCGCGGCGUCCCAGGGAGCCAUCCGCAGCCCGGAAAAACGCUUCCUGUUUCUUCUGAUUCUUCUCCUCGAGAACCACCUCGCUUCCCGUCUCUGGCCUCGCUCAGGCCUUCCGCUCUCCUCUCCCCCGCUCUCUCCCGACACGACGCCCUCGCGCGAACUCGCUCGAUGUGUUCACAGAGCGCCGCCUCGGCGUCGUCUGCUUCCUCAAAGGACUCUGCAUCUGCGUCGUCGAGCACCAACUCGUCAGCCUCCUGCUCACCGCUGCGUUCGCCUUCUCUGGGGCCGAAGUCGCCUCUCGCCGCGUCGUCUCUGCGUUGCUUUGCGGUGUUCACUCUGACGCCGCGGGGAGAAGAAAAAGUCGCAGUUGCCUGGCGUGUCGGGCGCGCACAGAGGCCGGCAUUCGAGUCGGUCCUCCGCCGCGUCGCCGCGGCGUAUCGGGCUCGUCUCCUCGCGUCUUCGUCGGGCGAGGAGUUCCUCGGCGCACAGGAGCGCCUGCGGCAGCAAGUCCUGAGGUGGACGCAAGGUGCAGUCUUUUGUCUCUUGGAGGCGCCGAGGGCGGGCGUGCAGUUUGCCCCAGCCGAGAUGCAGCUGUAUGUCGCCGUCAGCGACUCGCUCCAGCUUCCGCCUGCCGUGGUCUUCGAGUUGAUGGGGCUGGCGUGCCAGGAGUACGCGGCUCUGACUGGAAAGCGGUGGAGCAGAGUGGCUGCGCCCAACGGAGGCGAGCCUGAAGACAGCAGCGAGAGCGAGGCGUCUGCUCCGUCCUGGCCAGGGCGGAGGGCGUCUUUUUCGUCGACUUCCGAGAAUGCCGAGAGCGGCGCAGGCGCCGCAGGCGAGCGAAACAGGCAGCGGGAAGCGCAAGUCACGCCCGCGACCCACCCCGACAGAGAACAGUGUGAAGAGGAAGCUUCUCCUCGGGCAACUUGUCUGCAAGGAAGGAGAAGGGGCUCCGGAGGCGACGGGCGGCGGGACCGUGCGGCUUUCGAGAACUUCCUCCACCUUCUGUUGAUUCUGCCCGAGCCGCGGCUGCUGUCCAGCUUCCGCAGGCAGAUCGCGUCUUCGCCUCUCUCGACUUCUCUGUACUCGGUUGCGUCGCCUGCGCCGUCCUCUCGACUCUCCUCGUCUCGUGCUUCGCCCGUGCAAGGGCCGCUGCCCUCCGCCUCGGAUGCCUCGUUUGGCAGUCAGCACUCUCCCUCUUCGCUGCCUCGCGUAUCUUCUCCGCCCUCGCGUGACACGCGGCAUGCGCCCGCCCGUCGCCGCGCGGUGGCUGAAGCUCGCGAGUCGACCGGAGACUCGCCGCCUGCCAGCGGCGGUGCGCCGAGUGACGCAGAGAGCCGCACGGCCUCUGCAGCUCCUUCAGGUCUGUCGCCGGCGGAAACCUACCGCGAAACGCCCGGCGCGACGCAGACGGAUCUCGUUUGCCCCUCCGCUGUCCUUCCGUGCUCCAUCGCCUCCUCGGCGUCUCCACUUUUCUCUCUCCCUUUCCGCUUCCUUCAUCCCGAGCCCAGUCAGCGCGAGCUGGCACCUGCGAAGUCGCCGCCUGCGCCUCCCGCUGCGUCUUCUCUUUCUCAGAUCGCUGCUGUGACGGCUCGAGUGUCGUCGUUGAAUGCGCUCUUGGAGGACAACCUGCGGCUGCUGUAUUCCUCCUCGGCGUCGCUGGAAGUGCUCGAGCAGAAGACCUCUUCGCUCUCCUCGCGCACGCACGUCUUCGUCACCACCUCGCGACAAGUUCGCAGAGUUAUGUGGCUGAAAUCGAAAAAGAUGUACUGCGUGGUGGCUGGAGCGGUCGUCCUCAUCCUCGUUGUCGCCUGGAUCUUGUGA